CACAUUUAGCCUGCAAACAAUAUGUACAUUUUGGCUGUUGUAUCAGUUUUCGUCAGCCUGCAGUCUUUUGCUAGACCAGAACCGGUUGGUUCCUGCGAUCAACGACGUCGGUCCAAUCAAUAUCUUAGAGAUGACAGCGACAUCUGUGGGUACUACCUGUGUCUAUCCAAGAGGGGCGGGGGUCGCAGUCCACUGUUGCGGCGCUGCGCCCCGGGAACAGGGGUUCCUAGGGACUAUGGUGUGUCCCCCAGACACAGAGACAGCACCAAUCCAUGCGUGGUACGCACCAGCGAGUGCCUGAGGCCCCGAUGGAGUGGCUGGGGUCCCUGGGGUGCCUGCUCUGUGACGUGUGGGACAGGUGUUCAGUGGCGCGGCCGGCGGUGCAUUCGAGGCAACAACUGUACGGGACAACAACAGGAGAGUAGGCAGUGCUUGGAACCUCCGUGCUUGGUAUGGACGGACUGGAUCAACAGUGACUCCCCAGACUCCGGAGAUGGAGAUUGGGAAGUCAACAUUGUGCCGCCACCAUGUUCCGACAACCAAACCGCAGUUGCCAUUGAGUGUCGUGCCAUCACGCCAUCCGGUGAGCGCAUCCCAUGGGAUGGGCCGGGACAAAAACUGGCUGUGCCCUGCGUCUCCCCUUUGGGUAUAGGAUGCCUGGAAGCAGAUAAUCCGCCAGUGGCCAUGGCUCCACCUGGCGUGUUGACAGAUCCAGGUUUUACAUCCGGGUGUCUGGACUACGAAGUCAGAUACUUGUGCCCCGUGCCUUAGAUUAAAAAUAAUUUUAAUAUCGUAUAUUGCAAAUGGAUGUAUUUCAUAUUGGGAAUUAAUUUGAUAUAUUCUGAUUAGACUGGACAAGAUUUUCUACAUCCUUUUUUGUACCCCUGUAGUAACAGAACCAAUUUAAAUAACGUCCAUUGGCAUGUAGUCUCAUUCAGUUACACAUCGUAUAUUAUUCAGAAUUUCAGUUGUUUUGAAAUAUAGCUCUUAUACAUGUACAAUGUAGUAUACAUGUUCUGAAUAUUCGUUGAUAGUAUAUAAACAUUGAAAUUCAAAAUAGGAACUUGGGUAAAAAAAAAGAAAAUAAAAAAUAAUGUGAUCAUAAUAAUGUUAUUGUCGGGUUUCUAUUGGGUUGCAACAAGUAAGUGGAUAAAUACUGAUACCGGUAGGUAUA